AGUACACAUCUCUACUUUUAAACAAACAACUACGCUGUCAAAAAUAUAUGAUGAGAUAAACAAUAAUUUAUAAACAACAUAAUAAUAAUUCAAGUUUUUUGUUUGUUACGGUUAGUUGCAUGUAUCUCAUAUUGAGUUUUAAAAUUAAUUAUUGGUUAUUUCUUUUAGUAGCCUUCAUGUGUGUAGGUAGAGAGACUGUUUAUUUAUAAUAAUGUUAUACAUUAUAGUUUAUAUUGUAUGGGCUUACUUAAUAUUUAAUGUGAUCUUCAAAAUUUAUGUAAAAUUUAACACUAUGUCGUGUAAAAAUAAGGUGUGUCUUGUGGGGAAAACUGUUAUAGUCACAGGAUCCAACACAGGUAUAGGAUAUGAAACAGCGUUAGAGUGUGCUAAACGGGGAGCAAGAGUAAUUCUGGGAUGUAGAGAUCAUCUUAAAGGAACUGUAGCUGUUCAAAAUAUUAAAACUCUAACAUUGAAUCAGAACGUAGUUCUAAAAGUUUUAGAUUUAGCUUCAUUAACAUCCGUUAAACAUUUUGCCAAUGAUAUUCUAAGAACAGAGGAAAGACUGGAUAUACUAAUAAAUAACGCUGGGGCAAUAUUGCUUGGUGAUCAAUUGACCGAGGAUGGUCUUCAGUUGGAGAUGCAAAUCAAUUACUUUGGACCAGUUUUGUUAACCCUUAUGUUACUUAAUUUAUUAAAAAAAUCCGCACCUAGUAGAAUAAUCAACGUUUCUUCAGUAGCAGCUAAAUAUGCUAAACUCGAUGUGAAAAAUCUUAAUGGAAAGCCAAGCUAUCCUAUUACAAAAUUGUGCAAUAUACUGUUUACUCAAGAGUUGGCCAAGAAAUUAAAUGAGUUUAACAUCAGUGUAUUUGCUCUUCAUCCAGGAAUGAUAGCUACUGAUAUAAUGACUAGACAUCUGUGGCCGAUUGUAAACUCGUGUGUUAUUCCUUUGUCAAGAUUCUCAAUAAAAACUCCUGAAGAAGGUGCGCAAACAACAAUCUAUGCAGCUACCGAACCAGGUAUAGAGUACCUAACAGGAGGGUUUUUCUCAGAAUGUCGUCAUCAGGAACAUUAUAAAACUGCUAGAGAUUCACAGUUAGCACGACAGCUUUGGGAUGAAACUAUGAAAUUGUUAAAUUAUACCGACUGAUUCAAAUAAAGUUUUACGCUCUG